AUGCCUACGCGAAAGGACGCAGCGACGACGCCUGCCUUGUUUGGCGCGGCGCCAGGCGCUGGCUUUGAUCAGGAGCUGGAUGCUAUGUUUGCCUCUGCACCUGCGCCUGUGCCAGAGAAGAAAGACCCGAUCCCACGUGAAGCGGAGCCGGCGGAGGCAGUGCCUACGAUGGCUGCGGACGAGCACGAAGCGGACGAGGCGGAGGAGGAAGACGUCCCAGCGGAUGCAGAGCUGGAGGAGCUAUCUGGUGCUGAAGAUUGGGACGAAGAUACCGCGGCAGCGCACAUUCUAGGCACCAGUGACACGAGCAAGAAGCCGAAACGGUCCAAGCCUCUGCUGGAGAUGGCCGACGACGACGAUUUGGCGCGUAGCAAGCGGACGCUAUUCCUAGGCAAUGUGCCUGUGGCGGCGCUGACCAGUCGCUCUGUGCGCAAACAGCUCCUGCGUCAUGUGGAAAGUGUCUCGCCGUACCCAGGGUGCACCCAAGUGGUCUCGCUGCGCUUCCGCAGCGUGUCGUUCAAUGUGCCUACGUCGGAUUUUAGCGCGGCUGCCGACGAGCCACCGAAAGCCAUGUCGAAGCGGCGUGAGCGGGCGCGAAAGUUCCGCGAGCUGCAAGGGGAGAGUGCGAAGACACACCCGCCGCCUCUGACAGCCGAGCAGAAGCGCAAGAUUGCGUAUAUCAACCAGGAGCUCAAUGAGCGCGCCGACACGGUCCAUGCCUACGUGCGCCUGGGCGAGCCGAGUCUUGUGCAGGCCCGUCGGCCUACCGCCGAGCCGCUGGACGCACGUCUAAGUGGUGCGGUGCUGACCAUGCUGGUCGCACGUGCGUUAGACAAUACCCUCUUUCAUGGCCGUCAUGUGCGUGCCGACGUCGUGCAGCCGUUGGCGCCGCAUGAGAUGAUUGCAGCUGGACUGGAUCAGGUGCGUUUGCCGGACGGGACGCUGCUGAGCCACUACGGUGCCUCGGCGAUCGAUCCCAAGCGUACGGUGUUUGUGGGCAAUUUGGACUUUGAGGCGCAGGAAGAAGAAGUGCGUGCGCUCUUUGAGAAACUCUUGCGCGACGAGCGUGGCGAGCCGCCAGUGCAUGUGUCGCAGGCCAUCCGUUUGGACGGCACACCUGUGUCGAGUGAUGCGCAGCCAGGGCAAUGGGUACAGAGUGUGCGUAUUGUCCGUGACAAGGCGACGCAGCUAGGCAAAGGCUUUGCGUAUGUCAAGUUUGUCGAUCCGAUGUGUGUCGACGAGAUGGUAGCGCUGCAUGAGGCGGAAGAAGCGUUUGUCGCCGCGGGGAAGCCGCAGGCGGCAGGGAGUGCGCGUGCAGGCAAGGCCACCAAGCCCAUUCAGCUGGCCGAGGGCGAAGCGUUCCGCCGCCGGCUCAAGCUGCGCAAACGUGCGCUGCGUGUGUCGCGCUGCAAAUCCUCGACGGGCGAAGAGAAGAAACGACGACGUACGGAGAUCCACCCGCCUCAGACCCCGCCGAAGCGCGUGAUGACCGACAGUAUGGCUCGUGCGCGAUCCAGUGGCGCCCCGACGCCGAAUGGCUCGUCGCCUGGCGUGCGUCGUGUGGACCCCAGCAAGGCGACGUACUUGUCGUCGCUGAGCAAGGAGCAGCGUGCGCUGAUCAAGAAGAACGAUCCGGAGCGUCAGGCUCGUCGUCUGGAGAAGAAGCACGCGAAGAAGCAGGCGCAAAAGAUCGCCGCGCAGGUCGGGCAGGGCCGCGAGCGUGUGAAGCUGCCGCAGCGUGGCGCUGCGAAGAAGAUGGCACGCGUCAAGAGCAAAGGCAAGGCCUCGUCGUAA